AACUAUAAAAACAGAUCUUUCGCUUUAUCUACGACCCGUUAUCGGUGUCACGCAACGGAAAAAAAAAAAAAAAACCCAAGGGAUCAGAACAUUCGCGCUUUCCUCUCAGGUUGUCUUUGUCAGUUCUAUUGGAGGUUGGAAUAAUACUUUCUAGCAAGAGCUCUUUUAUAUUGAACUGCAGGGAUGGCUGAGGAGGGUCACAAGGUCACCUUGUAUGUGUAUGACUUGAGCCAAGGACUAGCCCGGCAGCUUUCAAUGACCUUCUUAGGGAAGGUUAUUGAGGGAAUAUGGCACACUGGAGUUGUGGUUUAUGGUAAUGAAUACUAUUUUGGUGGAGGAAUCCAGCAAGCUCCUCUUGGGACAACACCAUAUGGGAAACCGAUCAGAGUGAUCGAUUUAGGCGUCACUCAUGUGCCUCAAGAUGUCUUUGAGAUGUAUUUGCGGGAGAUUAGUCCCCGUUACACAGCUGAGACCUACAGUUUGCUCACUCACAAUUGCAACAACUUCAGCAAUGAGGUUGCCCAAUUUCUAGUGGGUUCUAACAUUCCAGACUAUAUUUUGCAGCUUCCUAACGAAGUUAUGAGUAGUCCAAUGGGUGCACUUUUAAUGCCCAUGAUACAGAAUUUGGAGACAACUUUGAAGGCUGGUGCUGUUCCUCAAGUUCCUCAAUUCAGGCCUUCUGUAUCUGCACAGCCAUCUCAGCCCUCAACUGUUAAGGUGAACAGUUCCUCUGGUAGUGCUCAGGAAAAGGAGGUUGACAAUAAGGUGAAAGCUGAGGUAAAGACAUCAGAAAAGACAACAGCAGGGGCACAGGAGAAAUCAUCAACCAACAGAGCUGCAGCAGACCCUCUUGGGGAUGCUAGAGCCAAGGUCCAAGAAGAGAUAAGCCGUGAAUUUGCCACAAUCAUGGCUACUGGAACGCUGCGUGCUAGUGAGGCAGCGGCACUGGCGACAAGGAAAGUGAUGCAGAAAUAUGGACACUUGAAUGUUGCUAUGCCACAGAGUUAGAAACAGGGAAAACAAGAAAAAUGAUUUUUACAAAUCCUGGAAUUUGGAUGUGGACACCCAUUGACAAAGUGAAAUCAUUUAUCAUUGGACUUUUAUCUUCAUUUUAAAAGGAUUCGAAAUUUAACUAAUUCAAAUCUUUGGAAGGUCUCAAAGACCCAAAAUUAUCUGCAGGGACUGAUUGGCUUAUUAAGACUAUUUACACCGUAUUGAUGUUUGGAGUAAAGUGAA